AGCGAAGCGCAGCGCGAGAGUACCUGCUACUUUCUAAUAUGCGCGGCGCGGUGAAGCAAACUCGCCGCUCUUGACGCCCCUAUAUCUGCGGUGCGGUUUUCUCGCUCUGUCUGCACUUAGCUACAGUUCUACAGUUCUAAAAGGUGUUCGAAUUCGACUCUCGUAUAUGCUACCUAUUUUAAUGAAUGAAUGGGAUUGCCCCACCGUUUAUUUUCAACACAGUAACGUUUAAUGCAAGACGUAGAGUUUCUUCAUGGCGUCUCAACAGCAGUCAAGAAUUCAGUCCUAUCUGGAGAAAAAUAAAAUUGGACCGCUGUUUGAGGAGAUGAUGACCAGUCUGAUAAGCGAGACCCCAGAUCACCCUAUUCCUUUUCUCAUCAAUCACCUGCAGACCAAGCAAGGCAGCCCCGGCAAGCUGCACAGAACACUUUCGGGCUCCGCCGCACUGUGGGCCCAGAGCUCUGCAGCAGAGAGUAAAGGACGUCGUGACUUCAGGAGUUAUGAGAAGCCCUGGCAGAUCCAUCCUAAGAAACCCAAGAAGUCAAAGAGUGAUCUGGCUGUGUCUAACAUCUCCCCUCCCUCCCCAGAGUCCAAGUCCUUGCCGCGGUCCAUAGAGCACCCAUCGUGGGAGUGGAGGGAGAGCAGAGACUUUGAUGAGCUCAACCACAUCCUGCAGGAGAGCAAGAAGCUGGGCAAGGCACUGGAGAAUCUGUCACGCAGUAUCGCUGUUUCUGAUGAACUUGAUCAGAACCUUGGGGGGUAUAACUCAGUGCUGCGGCCCAGGGUGGUGGGGGAGUGGGUGGGCAGGGAGGAGGAGGAUCCAGACCCCCUGGCAGCAGAGAUGCUCCAGCCCCCAGUCCCCAGGACCAAGACUGAGGUGUGGGGGAGGGCCAAUAGCAGUCCUGCCUUUAGUGUGAAGAUGGACAGGAAAAAUAAAAGUGUGAAGAUGGAGGGGAAGAGUAAAGGGUUGAAGCAGCAGCAGCAGCACCACAAGAAGCUCCUGGCAGCCAUGUUGUCCCAGGAUUCCUUUGACUCCGCCCAUAGCUCCGCCCCCUCGCUCACCGAGGAGGAGAUUGAGGACGAGGAUGAUGCCAUGGAACUGCUGGAGGACCUAGAUGACCUGCGCAUGGAGGGGGUAACAGGGCUGGCCCCGUCAGGCAGUAAGUUCAGUCAGGGUCGUAGUUCCUACUGCCCAGAGCCCCAGGCCAAGGUCACACUCAACAUCUGCUCAAGGUGUGCAAGGCUGCAGGGGGACAGUCUGUCAGAUGCCAGUAGACCAGAAGAGGACCAGCACCAUGGACCCUCCCAGCACGGAUCACCUCAACAUGGACCUCUCCAUGGAUCUUCCAAUCCCCUCCUCCCAGAGCAUGCUGCUGUCAACAUGCCUGAUGGACAUGGGCCUCAUGGACCCCCCCAUCACCUACAACCCGUGGCUGAUAUCUCAUGUUGUUUUCCCGGGGUGGACACAGCGCCGGUACGAGACCAGGAAUGCGAGAGUGUGUCUCAGGUGUCUUUCCCACGUCAGGCAGUCUGGAAGGCUGAUGUGAAGGUGGUUAGAGGAGGAGGAGGAGGAGGAGGAGGAGGGAGCUCGUCCAGGGAGCUGCUGGGACAGACGGGUGGACUGCUACUGAGUGACUCCCUCUUCUCUAAAGAACUAGAGAACAUGGGCAAACACCUCGCUGAGGUGGAGAAGGACCUGGCCAAGCUGGCAGAGCAGGGGAAACUAGCCCAGCGGAGCCCCAACAGCCCCCACAGUAGUCUGCUCCUCACCCCUCUGUUCCACACCUCCCUCCCGGGGGGCACCCUCCCCAACACUCUCCCCUUACCAGGCCAGACCUCCAGACCCCCCUCCAGACCCCCCUCCAGACCCCAGUCCCCCAUCCUCAGUGCCCGCUCAGCCAAGCCCAGCUCCAUAGGCUACCCCCUGGUCAGCCCCAAACUUAGCCCUCUGCUCACCCGGAAACCAACCUCCCUCACCAUGACGACCAGUCACAGAACUAAUUCUCCCAGCAACCCCGGCAGCAGAACUACAACUCCUAGAACCCCCAGCAGCAGGCCCAUGACCCCUAACAGCCUACUGACCUCCAGGUCGGCCAUGACGGCCGUGACCCCAGGGGUUGGAGGUCACGGGGCUCAUAAGGAGGUGACGUUCAGGAGGUCGAGGAGCAGGCCGGUGACCCCCACCAGUCAGCCAACUCGACCCAGGCCCCUGCUCACCCCUCCUGGGCUGAGUACGACAGAUAGUCUGGGCAAGGCCUCCAGCCUCAGGGCCUAUCUGUCAGAGGAUGAGUUCUACCAGCAGCUGCAGGCCAUCAGACAGCCAUGGCACGUUCCCAGUGACACAGAGAGUGACAUUCUGGAACCACCUGAGCAGGACAAGUGUGGGGUACAAGAUGCCAAUAAGAGAUCAGUGUUCUCAGGUGAGCAUCUAAACCCAAAGGCCUAUAGUGAUGAAGACCAGAGAGAGAGACAUUGAUCCAAUCAAAUAAUUAUGCAAACCACUGGGCAUUUUCAAUAUUGUGUACAGAGACCAUUAUUUUUUAUAAUUCACUCAGUGAGAAAUAUAAAAAAAGAUUGUAUACUUUUUCCACAGAGGUUGAUAUUUCUUAGACCAUAUAGCGCCAAGAUGUGUGAACUAUUGUAGAAAAUAUGACGACUUUAAAGUAUGAAGUAUGAAAUAUAACUAUUUCUUUGUGUUUGCUAUUUUUGCAUGCUUACCUCUUUGGGGGAUUUGAAAGAGGGAAAAAAAGCAUUUAGUUGUUGCCAUACUUUUUUCUUGAAGCUAGAUGCAUACUUUGAGACUGUAACACAUGUACUGUAUAGAACCAAUCUCUGGAUAGGCACUUAAGGGCUGGAGGUUUUUAAAGCAGAAUGGUUUUCAAGGGAAUAAAAUAAUGGAGCAGAUAUUCACCUUGAAUUGAAGAUGAUUUUUCCCACACUACAUUCUAUAGCCUGAUCCCAGAUCUGUUUUUAUUUUAUUACUAAAGUUGCAUUGUUUUAAAAAACAGUAGCUGGUAUGCAGGCUUUGGUUCAGAUACUCACCUUGAUUUGAAGAGGAUAUUCUUCCUUCUUUCACACUAAAUUCUGUUCAUUCUAUUUUCCUUCAUUCUAAAUUCUGUUAAUAACUUGUAGAUUGUUUAUUCAUCACACCAUGGGUCUGUUCAGGAGCCUGCGACUUUAGAGAACUAACGUCACCUUAUUGAACUUGCCCCUGAUAAGGGUUGCUAAAUUAAGGUUAAUUUCCCAAAGUUCUCAGGUUUUCCAGAAAUCACAGUUGCAAUAUUCUCGGAAUCUGGAGAUAAUAAGCAGGAAGUCUGGAAUCCCGAUUCCUCCUACCAGGAUUUCUCAGGAAAACCUGGACAGUUUGGGAAAGUUAACAAUCCUGGUCUACACUGUUAUGUUGAUCUACGACUGUUCCUUUUGUAGCUAGGACUUUUGUUAUACUUCUAUUGACAUGCAAAUACUUACAAAAUGGAUGAAAAUAUUGUUUCUUUUUUCUGCACUGACUGAACCAUUGAAUAAAAACCUGGAUGUGA